UUUUUUUUAACCCAAAAUCCGAGCCACCAAUGCAACUCGUUUGCCACGUCUAAUUGUGAACGUUCUUCCCUUUUUCCAACGGCCGGAGUUCUCCGAUCGAAUUCUCCGGCGACUUCUUCAAAAAUGGGUAUGAGAAAGAUGCUGCCUUCUCCUCCAGCUUCCUUCGCCAAAGCAUUAUCUUCAUCUUCUGCUUCACAACAAUCUGCUCUCACGACUCGUAACCUCUUUGCUUCCUCUAUUCAUGCCACAUUCAAUCAUUUGUUAGGUGCCCUUGCUGAGAUUAACCACCAUCACCAUGUCGUUUCGUGUUACACAAGGUUGAAUUCAAUUGCCUUAUUGCCUGAUCUUAUGACUUUCAAUAUCUUGCUUAAUUGCUGCUGCUAUAUGGGUCGGAUUUGCAAUGGCUUUUCGGUUUUGGGAAAGAUUUUGAGGGAAGGUUGUAACCCCAAUGCUUUCACUUUCGACACUUUAAUUAGGGGGUUGUGUGUGAAACAGAAGAUUGGUAAAGCAACUGGGUUGUUUAGAAAGAAGACUGUUUGGCUGUCAACCUGAUGUAAUUACUUAUGGCACCAUUAUUAAUGGCCUCUGUAAGCAUGGAAUGGUAGAAAAGGAGAAACAACUUUUCUCCGAAAUGAAAGAUGGAGGAAUUUCUCCUAACGUGAUUAUUUAUAGCUCCCUGUUUUAUGGUUUACGUUGUAUGGGGAAUUUGGAUGAGGCUAAAGGCUUAUUCGUUAAGAUGCUGGAUUUUGGUAACUUUCAAUGUUUUGACAGAUGUCCUUUGCGAAGGAGGAGUGAUUGAAGAAGCACAUAAAUUGGUAGAUUUAAU